AUGGAGCUAUCACAAAAACUCCGUUGGGACCAAUUCGUGCUUUUGGCAGCAGCGCUUAUGUCACCUGCAUUAACGGUGCUGUGUAACGACAUACUCGGCCUCAAGGGGGCAGGAGAUCCAGUGUUGACACCUAACUCGGUGUGUCUGCGGCUGGCCGGGCUCAGCAAGCGCCAGAUGCGGAUGUGCGUCCGCAGCCCCGACGUGACGGCCUCCGCCCUGCAGGGCAUCCAGGUGGCGGUCCACGAGUGCCAGCACCAGCUCCGCGAGCACCGGUGGAACUGCUCCUCGCUGGAGGGCCACGGGAAGCUUCCCCACCAGAGCGCCAUCCUCAACAGGGGUUUCCGCGAGAGCGCCUUCUCCCUGUCCCUGCUGGCGGCCGGGGUGGCCCACUCCGUGUCCUCGGCCUGCAGCAUGGGCAAGCUGCAGGGCUGCGGCUGCGAGGCCAAGCGCCGGCUGGACGACGACAAGAUCCGCAUGAAGCUCACCCAGCUGCAGCUGCGCACGCUGCAGAAGGGCGGGGGGCUGGCGCGCCCCCCCGCCGGCCCGCACCCCGCCGGCCCCUCCGUCCUGCUGAGGCCCCCGCCCGACCAGGGGAGCUCCGUGCAGGAGACCUGGGAGUGGGGCGGCUGCAGCCACGACACCCGCUUCGGGGAGCGCUUCUCCCGGGACUGGCUGGACUCGCGGGGGUCGCCCCGGGACAUCCACGCCCGGAUGAGGAUCCACAACAACAGGGUGGGGCGGCAGAUCGUGACAGACAACACCAAGAGAAAGUGCAAGUGCCACGGCACGUCGGGCAGUUGCCAGUUCAAGACCUGCUGGCACGUGUCCCCCGAGUUCAGGCUGGUCGGGGCGCUGCUCAAGGAGAAGUUCCUCGUGGCCAUCUUUGUCAACUCGCAGAACAAGAACAACGGCGUCUUCAACCCCCGAGGAGGAGGAGGAGGAGGAGGAGGAGGAGGAGGAGGAGGAGGUGCACGCCGCCGCGGCAGUGUAUCCCGGGAGCUGGUGUACUUUGAGAAGUCGCCAGACUUCUGUGAGCAGGAGCCUUCGCUGGACUCGCUGGGCACUCAGGGCCGCAUCUGCAACAAGACCAGCCGCAGCAUGGACAGCUGCGGGGCGCUGUGCUGCGGCCGGGGACACAACAUCCUGAAGGAGACGCGCAGCGAGCGCUGCCACUGCCGCUUCCACUGGUGCUGCUACGUGCUGUGCGAGGAGUGCCGCGUCACCGAGUGGGUCAACGUCUGCAAGUAG